GUUCGGCCAUGGCGUUUGCUCACUAUUUGGUGGCUUUGCCUGUAGAUAGUUCACACCUUCUGAAAAGUUCCAUUACAUCUUGUCCAACUACCUGUACUGGUUCUUCUUCCCUUGUCUCCCAUGUUUUCUCUCCUUCUUCUCUACGGGCCGAAGCCAAAGCGCCUAAGGUUUCAGUCUUUUCGAGGUUUCGUAAACUCGGGCAUAGAGCCAGGGCGAAGUUGCAGGAACCAGAAGCUAAUUUAGUUGCUGAUGCUUUUACAAACUUCAAACAUGUGCUUCUUCCAAUCACUGACCGGAACCCUUAUCUGUCCGAGGGAACAAGACAGGCUGCAGCAACUACAGCUGCCUUGGCAAAGAAGUAUGGUGCAGAUAUUACAGUUGCUGUGAUUGAUGAGAAGCCUAAAGAUACUUUGACUGAGCAUGAUACCCAACUUUCUAGUAUCCGGUGGCAUCUUUCUGAAGGUGGGUUCCAGGAGUUUCGGUUGAUAGAACGGCUUGGGGAAGGGAACAAACCAACAGCUAUUAUUGGUGAGGUUGCUGAUGACUUGAAUUUAGAUUUGGUGGUGAUGAGUAUGGAAGCUAUCCAUUCAAAGCACAUCGAUGCAAACCUAUUGGCUGAGUUCAUCCCUUGUCCCGUCAUACUUCUACCCCUUUGAGUGUAAAUAUCACCUCCCCACUUUCCAUCAUAUGAAAAACUAGUCUACUGUCUUAUGAUUCAGAAAAUUUUCAUGGUUUUAAGCUUUUUCUUGAAUCUCAUUGGUGUAGCUUUUGUUUCCAACUUCGUGACUCUAGUUGUUGCCAGCAGUGAAUCCAUCCUGUUUGGUGUAUUGUUUAUUGGUUUUGGGACAGUGAUUGCGAUUAAUUUUAGUUGUCAGACUGAAGGAAGCAUAAUUCUAUUUCAUUAA